AUGAGGAGAGUUCGCCAGGAUGCCGCUCGUCGACACCUUGGCAGUCGUCUCUGGGUUUCGACAGGGCAGAUCGAUGCCCACAUGCAUAUAGGCCCGAGUGCGUCCAAUGGCCUUAACGCACGCAUGGAGUCCAAGUAUGCAGAAAACCUUCGGAACGCAACUCGGUCGUCAAGGACUCAAGACAUUAGGAGAUUAACGGCUAGUGCCAUUGUCCUCAGCCUCAAGCCGAAUUCAAGCUCCAGUAGCCAGUGCGAUUUCCGAAGCCUCUCACCUCAGGCCUUAGGGCCGGGACCAGGCCAGCUGCAGCAAAAAGAAGUUCCAAGCACGAUUGGUCAGGGAUGGUGCACUGGUGUGUCUGCAGGGAAUCAAGUACAUGCGUUACCAAGAGCAAGACAACAGGAAAUUCUCUCUUACGCAACUGAGACUGGCCUAUGCAUAGAGAUCAGGGAAUUGGGGCGUUGUCUGCAGGCGGGCACCUAG